AUGAGUGGAAAAUCUUCAUUGUCCCACAAGUUUUGCUCGAUGCUUAGUCUUAAGCUUCCAAUAAUCCAAGCCCCAAUGGCCGGAGUUGUGUCCCUUCAACUUGCGGCGAAUGUGUCAAGUUCCGGGGCAUUGGGGUCAAUUCCAGCCUCGGGUUAUGAUUUAACAAAAUCAACCAGCUCUUUGGUGGAUGCAUUACUGACAUUUAAGACCUUAUUGCCGAAAACCAAUCUCGAACCAGGCAGCAGUCAAGAAGGUUGCCAAUUACCAGCAAACAUGAAUUUCUUCUGCCAUGACAUUGUUCAACCUCCAAACAAAACCCAAAUUGAGAAUUGGUGGUCAUUGUUUAUUGAUUCUUACGUCGAAACUUUCUUAUCCACCAAUCCCGGGUCCGAGAAAUCACGGUUGUCAGAAAUCAAAAGCAAGGGCCUUCUUAACGACGUUCAGUUCAGUAAUGGCAAUGUUUCUUUCAAAGAAUUCGAGAUUGCAACCGAAAAAAGCCGUCAUCUUAAAAUAGCAAACUGUGAAGAUCCCGCACCAAUCGACGAAUUGAUCUCUUAUUUGAAUCAUCAUCCCGAAUUGACACCAAAAGUCAUGAGCUUUCAUUUCGGGAUUCCUAAAAGCUCGACCAUUAAUAAGCUCCAUGAUUUAGGCGUGACUAUCCUUGUGACCGCUACCUCCACCUCAGAAGCAAGAUUGGCAAUUGAAAACAACGUUGACGGUUUAGUGCUCCAGGGCUAUCAAGCAGGGGGUCACAGAGGUAAUUUCUUGGUUAAGCAGGAAGAUGAUGAUAACUUAAGCACCAUGGACCUUUUCAAACAAGUGAAGGAACUCCUCGAUAGUGAGGAAAUCGUUAGAGGUAAGGAAUCUGUAUAUUUGAUCCCUGCCGGUGGCAUUAUUAAUGGUGAUGAUAUUAAAGAAUAUUUGAAACUUGGAGCAUCAGCAGUGCAAAUGGGUACAGCAUUCUUAGGAUGCCCUGAAAAAUUGAAAAGUGGCUCGAAAUAUGCUGCUACAAACUCAGUCGCUAAGAUUGUGUCUGAAAAAAUUGAGAAAGGGGCUAACUUUCAAUUACCUUCGACCACCAUGACUCCGUUAGUAUCAGGUAAACCAGCUCGUACUAUUGUUACACCAUUUAUUGGAACGUUACAAAAAAAUACCAAAUCUCCAGGUACAGAUUUACCAGAGUAUGGGUAUCGCUACAAAGCUUUUAAGGGUCUUAAUACCGCCUUGGAAUCUGCACAACUUGAUGAGACCGAUAUUGGGUUUUACCUUUGUGGGAAAAGGUAUGGAGAAAUAGAAGUCGGGAAAUCAGCAAAGGAGAUUAUUGAAAAAUUGGGUGAGGAAUUGAAAGGUUGGGAAGCUUAA